AAGUGAUGGAUGAAUGUAGCAUUUUGUAAGGAUUAUUGCUUUCAUAAGAUUUCGUCUUCUGGUUCCUUUAUUCGUCCAGAUGAAAUUCUGCAUUUGAAUUUGGGAAUUGGACAAAUUAUUUGCCUGUGUACUUGAUGACAAUUAAAUUUAGGCUUUAACUUGUCAAAAGGUAAACAACGAAAAUGAAAGAAGUAAACAGUCUGUUCCUGUUUGCAUUGGAUCUAAAUCACGAAUUACUGAAGUUUGGAAACAACGACAUCGCCGCCCACCCAUCCUGUCCUACACUCAUGUGUAAACACUGCCGAGUGGCACUAGUGUACAACUGUAAAAACCAAAAAUGCGCACUGAAUGGACCGUUCAUUUCAGGAAAUAUCUUGCCCGGACAUAAAUGGCCGGAGUUUGCUUGUACUGGUUGCAAACGACCUUCAGAAGUCUUAUCACUAAUACCAAACUGUCAGCAAGGCUGUUUUAGUGAAGAGGCAAAAAUUGAUCGAGACCAGUUCGAACGUCUACAAGAAGAACACACGAGAUUGUUUUACGAAAUUAAGCCUGUUUUGUCUUAUGUCAGUUUUAUGUGUAAGGAGUUUCGAUACGAUAGAGUGAUCUCUGCACUGGACAUGGGAAACAUUGAAAACAUCUGUAAAACCGUUUUCAGCUUCUGGUUUUGCAAAGGUGUCACUUUUGAGGCUUGCGUUGGCUUCUUCGGUUUUGCAAAAGAGCUGAUUUUGCAUAUGCAUAAACUGAAACAUCCAUUGGAGACAGACGCUAUGGAUGUCCUCUCUACAUUUAUGAAAACCAAUGUUGCACAAUAUAUGGCAGAUCAGAAUGAAUGGAAAAAAACACUCGAAGACUUCUUCAAAACGCAAAAGCUUAGCAUUGAAAACGAGAUGACAUGUCGACUUAGAGGUGUCGACAGUGAGCUAGGCUCAUGUCUAGCUUUGAAGUGCAUUUCAGCGAAAGCCUUCAACAUUGCUGUUGUUGGCGAAACAGGCUCAGGAAAAUCCUCGUUGAUCAAUGCCCUUCGUGGGAUAAGGCCAGGAGAGGAGGGAGCUGCAGGGGUAGGGGUAACGGAAACAACGCUAGUGCGCUCACAAUACGCAAUCCCUUACAACGAGAACAUGUUCUUAACUGAUUUGCCUGGAAUUGGGUCAGUUAAGAUGACGGAAGAAAUGUAUUUGUCAAUCGUUGAGUUUGCGUUUUAUGACUUUUUCAUACUUGUAUCUUCACGCAGGAUUACAGGUCGUGAUAUCUGGUUUGCGCAGCAAAUUCGUAAUUAUGGAAAGGCAUUUUUCUUUGUAAAAACAAAAAUAGACAUAGAUAUUGACAACGAAAUUUUCGACCAUGGCAAAUCAGCAACAGAAACUACGUACCUUCUUCGUAAAGAAUGUGAAAUGGAAAUGAAAAACAUAGGCAUGCACGACUCGGAAAUAUUUCUUGUAAGCUCAAGAAAGACCAACAAAGCAGAUUUUGGAAAGCUGAAAGCCCAAUUGGAAUCGGGAGCAAGCAUUGCAAUUAUGUCAAGAGUAACGAAACGAAACGCCCUGAUGCAAACGAAGCGUCAAACAAAGAUGAAAUGUCAAGAGCAGUACAUAAAAGUAGCCAACAGUCUGCAAGUUGUAGCGAUGAGUCUGGACAAUGAAUCACGCAAUAUGAAACAGCUCAAGGUUGGCACCGCGAGCGUUUCUUUAGUGUGUGGUAUAACAUCAUCGGCUUGUAUACUUGCUGCACCAGCGACACUUGGAGCAUCUCUUAUUCCCGGCAUCGUGCUAGGAGUAAUAGCUGCCGCUUCUGCAUUCACAACUGCUGGAUCAUCAAUAUUUGAACACUUUCGUCAGAAAAAGAAAGCGAAAGAAAUGAAAGAUUUGAUUGAAAGAGAAAUUGAAACGCCAUGUUUAGACAGUGACGAUGCUUUAGUUGAGUAUAAUGGCAGUUCCGAGCUCGGCGCUGCUGAAACAAAAGAAGAUAAAGGAGGAGUAGGCGAGGUAGCAGGAUCAACUAUAGAAGCAAUAAAAGGAGGAUUAGGCGUGGUAACAGGAUCAACUAUUGGAAUAACACUACGAGGCAUUGAGUCAGGCGCAGUGACGACGCUGUCAAGUAUGGCAAAGAUAGUUCGCUUAGGGGGUGGCAUUGUUGGAUUAGUCGGCGUUCCAUUCGACGUCUAUACCAUUGUCACACAAAGUAUGGAUUUACACAAAGGAAAUUAUUCUGCAGUAGCAAAAGAAUUAAGAAAGAAGAAAAAGGAAAUUGAGCGUAAGCUAUUUCGAUCUGCUUACAAGAGGCGGUGUCCGAAUCCAGAACGAUGCGCGUACAUAUGUGCGUCCAUGUAUUAAAUGAUGCCCGAAUGCACAUCAGUGUGCCAACAUGUAUUAAAUUUAAAGCCAAUAAAGGUUCACACGACAUGCCGACCUACCCGAUUUUUAAAAAAAAACUAUGACAAUAUUAAAUCUCUUAGUACACUGGACUUCGUACGUGAAUUCAAGAUCGAAGAACACUAUUAUUAUGUUUGUAUUACGAAACGACAUGUCAUAAUAAACAGUAAAAACAUUAAUCGGAAACCAAACGCUGUUCAAUCAGAAACACAAGAAGUACGCAAAAUAUACCCUACUACAUGAAAUCAAGAACUAGGCACAACAUGAUGGAUUUUACUAUGCAAUCUACAAAACUGAACAACACUACACAAUGAAGACAGAAACAAAGGUGUGCGCAUCAAUCAGAGCUUGUGUUGUCGAAAGCGUGAUGUUUAAUUCGACACUUUAAACACGUUAUUAUACACUUUAUUUUGAGCUAUGAAUUAUAGCAAUGCAUUUACGAUCGUGUCAGGAAAUACCUUUGAUAAUCCAGUGCUGGACCGGUAUUCAUUUGACAUCUUAUUUUUUUUGUUAUUUUAAGCACUCUCAUUCAUAAGAGGUUUGAUCACAAUAAAUCGGUGGUACACAUAGCAUCAUCUCUCUGGUGAACGAGAAUGAUUUUAAGAAGAAUUCCUAAAUUUUCAUUGUCCAAUUUAAAUAAAAGGAUGAUCAUUCUUUACAAAAAUGUUAGUAUAUUACAUACUAUUAAUGAGAAUACAGUAUUUUAUAUAGUAGUUAUAUCAUAUUUAUAGUUAGAUACUUAACUUAAAAAUGACUUAAGUUCGAAAAUUCCCUAAGAUGUUUUAAGAAUACUGGCUGGUGUUUAAUUUUGAAUCAACACACUGCUAUAUUUUAACCAUUGGACAUUAGUGGAUGCUUGUGUGUUUAUUGCAUGGUCGCUUGUUGUAUCGUUGAAUUUAAAUAUGAAUCAAGAUCAUGUUUCAUGAUAGAAGGACAAUUUGGAAAUCAAAUGAGUGCACAACAAUCAUACAUCUGUUUUACAGCCAUAAACAAGAUUUAUGAUCAGUUCAAAGGUAUGUGAAAACAAUUCUGUGUUUUUAUCUUGGCACGAAAAAUACAAAAAACAACAACAUAAUUAUAAACUUACUCUGCAUAUUUGUUCACUGAAGUUUGACAUUAUAUCAUUUCAAUAUAAUCAGUUGUCGUUCAUCAUAAAAGGACAUCGUUAAUGCGAAGUGUCAUUAUGCAUUGAUGUUUUCUAAUCUAUCCUUACGGUGUAUACUUAGUCAAAAAGGAUAUUGAUCAUCCUCGGCACCCAGUGUAUUAUAACCUAUAUAAUAUAGGUUCGUAUAAUAUAUAGGUUAUAAUACACUGGGUGCCGAGGAUGGAUAUUGAUAUGGACAAUUGGAAAGCAACAAGGCGAUGGAAAAGAUGAUUAAAAUAUUUUUUUCACAAUAAUUGCAAGCCACUAGGCACAUUUUCCUUUGCUUAACUAACAUAUUAUUGUUUAUUUCGCAUACAUGUAAUGUAGAAACCACUUAUAUGAUGAUAGAUAUAUGUUUUUCUUUGAAAUUUUGUUAAAUAUGUAGAAAUGGAUUAAACGUGAUCGAGCUUCAAAUAUAUUUUAAACAUUUCCAGUGUUAAGUUUAAACAUAUAUUUCACAAUAACUGCACGCCACUAGGCACAAUUGCUUUUGCUAAACUAACAUAUUAUUGUUUAUUUCACAUAUCAGAUGUAUGUUUUUCCUUGAAAUUAAGUUAAAUAUGUUGAAAUGGAUUAAACGUGAUCGAGCUUCAAAUAUAUUUUUAACAUUUCCAGUGUUAAGUUUAAACAUAUUUCACAAUAACUGCACGCCACUAGGCACAAUUGCUUUUGCUAAACUAACAUAUUAUUGUUUAUUUCACAUAUCAGAUGUAUGUUUUUCCUUGAAAUUAAGUUAAAUAUGUUGAAAUGGAUUAAACGUGAUCG